AGUUCAAACAAACAAAACAACCCUACAACACAACAAUGGCAUUCUUUAUUGCAGCUCUUUGCACCUUAGCACUUAGUGCAAUGGCAUCAGCUGGUAUCGCACCUGGAUAUGGAUUAGGUUAUGGAGCGGCUGGUUUAGGAUAUGGUGCAGCGGGAUUGGGCCAUGCUGGCGCUGGUUAUGCUGGUUUGGGAUAUGCAGGAGCGGCUGGUCAUGGUUUAGAUUAUUAUGCAUAUCCAAAAUACUCCUACAACUAUGGAGUUAAAGACGCCCAUACUGGUGAUGUAAAAUCUCAAUCAGAAGUACGUGAUGGUGAUGUAGUCAAAGGACAAUACUCUUUGGUUGAACCAGACGGCUCAGUACGUGUUGUAGACUACACAGCUGAUGAUCACAAUGGUUUCAAUGCAGUAGUAAAGAAAGUUGGACCAACAGUUCACCAUGCACCAGUCCCAUUGGCCCAUGGCUAUGGUUUAGGUGCCGGAAUAGGCCAUGGUUAUGGCGCUUAUGGUGCUUAUGGGGCUUAUUAAAUUGCUAAAGAUGUCUAUGUCAACAGAUUACCAUCGAUCUCAAUAUUUCAGUCAUAAAUUAUCAACGACUACAAAAAACGAUGUAAAAAUUAUGUA